AUGGCCGGGAACGCUGGCGACGCCCAGCUGAUCACGCAGUCGACCAGGCCGAAGGCGAAGAGGAAGGCAGAAGCGAACGGCGACACGCCCGGCGCGAAGCAGCGGAGAGCCGAGGCCCCAGCAGUCCCGCAGGCGCGCGCCAACCUCUCCCGGGCGUUCGAGGAGCAGCGCGAGGACGACGCCGCCCGCGACCUCGCCCACGCGGAGCCGGCGAGCGUGGCGGGCCGGACCAGCGAGUGCGACGUCGACAGCACUGCGGUGGCUCUAACAACCAAGCUGGGCCCGGCCGACGCCCACGGCAAGAAGGGCGUCCUGGAGACGAUUUUCUCGCCCGUGUUCACGCUCUUCCGCUCGAAGAGCUCCGCGGCGGCCGCGGGGGCCAGCUCGCUCAGCUCAGACGACAGCGAGCCGACCCUGGGGACGCUCGGCGCCGCGGAGCAGCACGCUGACCCGGCGGACCACGCCGCGCUGGAGUGCCCUGAGGACGACGAAGCGGUGCACCAGGGGGCAGAGAUACACGAAACCGACGAAGAAGAAGACGACGACGAGUAUUUCGACCCGUACUGGUUCAUCAAAAACCUUCCGGACGUCCGGGAGUGCGUCCGGGAGCCGCGCACGAAGGUGCUCCCGGCGCGGACGCGGCGCUGCAAGAGGAAGACGCUGGUGCUGGACCUGGACGAGACGCUGGUGCACUCGUGCCUCGACGGGAGCCCCGCGGGGACGUGCGACUUCGAGUUCCCCGUCGCCGUGGGCGGGCGCGUCCACGCCGUGCGCGUCCGGCAGCGGCCGGGCAUGAUGCACUUUCUCCAACGCGUGUCGCAGCUGUACGAAGUCGUGAUCUUCACGGCCAGCCAGCGCGUGUACGCCGAGCGGCUCCUCAACGUCGUGGACCCCAAGAGGUCGCUCAUCCGCCACCGCGUGUUCCGCGAGUCGUGCGUCAACUUCGAGGGCAACUACCUCAAGGACCUCUCCGUCCUCGGACGCGACCUCGAGCACACCAUCAUCGUCGACAACUCGCCACAGGCGUUUGGGUUCCAGCUCGGCAACGGCAUUCCGAUUGCGUCGUGGUUUGAUGACGAGGGCGACCGAGAGCUGUACCACCUCCUGCCGUUCCUGGAGAAGCUCGCGGACGACUCCAUCACGGACGUGCGGCCGCACAUCCUGGCGAGGUUCCGGCUGCGGGACGCCGUGGAGCAGGCGCUGGGGCCUGCGUACGUCACUGCAGGCUGA